UCGCUCUGUCGUCGGACGGAAGAGCUGCGCAGAUUCACCUUCUGCCCUCCUCCCACUUCGCUCUCACCACCACCCCCCCAUCUCUUUCGCCCGUGUCUUGGUCUCGGGCUCAAACCCGGACACACUUCCUUGAUACAGAGUCUCUGUCAAAAACCCUUCUUGUCAACACCAUCGUCAUCCCAGACACCAUUUCCUUCCCCUCUUCCUGCUCUUGCGGCUGCUUGGUAGUGCGACUGCUUCUUCCGUCGUCUGUUCGCUCCAACCGCAGCCAUGAACCAGCAGGCCUUAAUCCUCGAUACGAUCCUUGGCAUGAAAAGGGCCUUGCACAAGGAAAAUGAUUAUUCGGGCCCCGACGAUCCCAUCACCCAGCCAACAAAUCGAGGCAACAAGCUCCGAGCAAACGCGAAGUUCGUCCGCGAGGGCGCACUAGGAUACUUGCACCCGGAGGAUCAAUAUAAGCAGAAAAUCGAGCAUGGAGGGUUUACGCGCUACAUCCUUCAACGGAACCCCGUGCGCUACGACUCGGAAGGUGAUGAGCUCGAUGACGACGAUGAAGACUCUGAGGCCGAUGCUGCGGCAGCGGAAGAGAACCCAUUCUCUGAAAUCGCUCUUGAAAAUUACAUGUGCCCGCUCAAGCAUCCUUCUGAACUGCCUACCCAUCCUUCCAUGUCGCAUGCCUACACGUCGAAAGCACUGUCGAACAUGACGAAGGCGAUUGAAGCCAAACUUCGCCAGGAAAGAGCAUUGUUGUGGCGAGCGAGAAAUCUGCACAGACAAUUUCUUGGGGAUAGUUCUUGGAUGUCAUGUGCAAUGGUUGAAACACCGGGAGAUCGCUGGAUCUUCGAACCCCGGGUGGCUAGUACUACGCAUAGCCCGUCUUUGAGCCAGUACGGACCGAAUGGCACGGCUACUCCUCUACCAAGGAGUGAACCGGCAACGCAACGAAACGGAGCACAGGGGUCGUCGUCGGUUACAGAUGCUUCACGGCUGUCUCAUACCGCUCAGAACGAGACGCCGCAGGCUCAGCCUGCUGCAGAUCAAGACGUGGAGAUGACUGAUAUCCCAGAUGAGCAGACGAAGCAGGCCAAUCAUUUGCCAAAGCUCGAUCAAAGCAGAGAACCUAAAUCGGAGGAAGUUGACACACCUGUUGGCGACUUGCCGCAUCACUCAGAAGCAACCAAGCAAGAGGCGCAAGUCAAUGGAGGUAACACUGUCAGCAACCCUAAAGCCGUGGAUGCUCGGAUAUCCGAAUCCGAUAGUGCUCUUGACCGAGCAGGGAAGGGAAACGCAAACAACGAUGGCCUUGCAAUUGUUGGAGAUGCACAGCCAAACACCGAGAGUCGUCUUCAUGCGCCAGGCGACGAGACGGAUAAGGACGCAGAGAUGCUGGAUGGUUCCUCGCCAGAGCCUCCCCGACGCAUGACAACGCGGGCGCAGGCCAACGCUACCAAUCCCCAAGAGGAUGAUGAAUCCGACCUUCUGUCCCCGUCUCCAUCCGACGACACUCUGGGCAGCCUACCCACACCUCACCCGCUUUUCCUCAUACCCGAAACGGUCCGACCUGACCUCAACUUCGGCCUCCCGCCCAAUGAAGCGGAAGACACCCGCCGACUAUUAUGGUCCUACGUCCAGAAACAAGAAGAGACGGUCCGCGGCUUUGAGCACAUGCUGGAAUGCCUCCUCCGCGCUUGUCGAAUGAAGGAGGACGUACUUGAAUGGUGCAAAGCUGAAGGCCACGUCGGCGAAAUGAGCGACGGCGAAGACUGGUAUGACCGCGAGAAAUGGGGUCUUGCCGAGGGAGAGGAUCUCAAGAAGGGCGCGGACGAGGAUGACAUCGAGCCUGUCGAAGAAAGCCGGACGUCGAACAAGAGGGGCAGAGGAAGACGAAAUUAGACUUUCUUCGCUUCUGCUUUUCGCCUCUUCUUUCCCCUCCCCUUCCUUCCCGGCUCACCACUCUUUCACUUUCCACGAAUGCAGGCAUCGAUUCUUAUCUUAACAUCUCAAGAGACCUAUAGCGCGGAGUUGGCGGUGUUUACUUUUGAGCUGAUCCCCAUUGAAUAUUGACUGAUGACCACCCCCCAUUUCCCUGUCAGACUCUCUGCAUGUAGCACGCCGCAUAUACACACCUUGAUACCCACCCCCAUUUUACCCCCAUCUCCUGUGACAUAUGAAGACUACUUAUUACGGAUCAGAAAUAUGUUCGACCAGUAGUAUCAGGGCACUUGGCAUUUUUUGUUUUCAAUCAUUGCGAUCUAUAUACAUAACCAUGG